GAUUCCAUCACAACCUGGGAGGUGCUGGCUGUGAGCAUUUCACCCACCGAAGGGAUCUGUGUGGCUGAACCUUAUGAAAUAACAGUCAUGAAAGACUUCUUCAUUGACCUUCGAGUCCCGUAUUCAGUAGUGAAGAACGAACAGGUGGAGAUUCGAGCUGUUCUGUACAACUACGCUAAUAAUGAUAUUUAU